AUGAAGGCAUUGCGGCGUGAUGAAAAAUUCAUUUCCACCCAUGAUCCGGCCCAAUCAUCCUCAGACAUAUCCAAACUUAUCAAAUUUAUCCUCACCCACAAUAACUUUGUUUUCCAUGACAAACAUUACCAACAAAUAAGUGGCACAGCCAUGGGCACCAAGAUGGCUCCAUGCUAUGCUAACAUUUUCAUGGCCGAGCUGGAGGAUAGACUCUUAGCGAAUUCCAAUCCUAAGCCAUCAUAUUACUGUCGAUAUAUAGACGACAUAUUUUUUAUUUGGGAACAUGGGAUUGAUAAACUCAACGAAUUUGAACGCUUCGCCAACAACUUCCAUCCCCGUAUCGAGUUUACUAUCAACUCUUCGAGUAGUAACAUCUCCUUCCUGGACGUAUCUGUCCACUUAAAAAACGGGAUUAUAUCUACAUCUGUUCAUCAUAAACCCACAGAUAACCAUCGCUAUUUGGAUUUCAACAGCUCUCAUCACAUCUCGCUCAAGAAGUCUCUUAUAUACAGUCAAUGUCUCCACAUUAAACGCAUCUGCUCUACCCCCUCUGAAUACCAGUCAGAACUUGCCCGACUCACUUCUAAAUUCCUAGCCAGCAACUACCCUAUAUCUCUCAUCAAGUCUGCCAUUUCUAAAACAUCCACUAAGUCUCGUACAGACUUUCUGACGUAUACCCCUAAAUCUAAUAAUGAUAGAAUACCUAUGAUAUUCGACUACAGUCCCAACCUAGAACCAUUAGCUAACACACUCAGGAAAGACAUCCUCUCCCUCAAGCAAGACCCCACCAUCGAACCCUUAUUCUGCAACCCCCCUGUUCUUGCCCGCCGGCAACCCCCCAAUCUGAAAUCUCUCAUCACCUCCUCUGAGCUCCCCACAACGACUCGUGAUCAUGGUAACACUACAUGUCAAAAAGCUAGAUGUCAACUGUGCAAAUUCAUCAACACAGAUCACACAUUCUCACCCCCUGGCACUACAUACAGCAUUCACCCUCCCGCUGCCAACUGUGAUACAUCAAAUAUU